UCUAAUUUUCUGCAACAAGACACUUGUUGCAAAAAAAUAAAACAACAUCUCUGCCACAUCUAAUUUUUUGCAACGGGACCCAUGUUGCAAAAUUUGCAAUAGCAUCCCAUGCCGCUCGCGUACUUGUGCGGUCUGCUACCAUUUCUCUAACAACACCGUCGUUGCAUAGAUAAGAUGACGCCACAACACCAGGAGGGCUCUUGCCUGAAGCUUCUGCGCUGCCCAGCGACGAGCCCUUUCUCCAGCACGCCACGCCUCUCCCCUCCCAUGACCUUCCUCCUCUCUCUCACCUCCAUCUCCUUCUCUUCACAGGAACCAUGCCAGCGGCAGUCGAGUCCUUCGCCUCCGGCUGCUUUCCCGGCGAGCUUGAGCCUGAUUCGCGCCCAGGGAAGGAGAGAUGUGAGUGGCACGGGGAACCGCUUCGCUUGGCAGCGCUUAUUCAUGAGCAAGGAGAUUCAGGAGAAAGAGGAUAAGGACAUGUUCGGUUGUGGAAGCUCAAGUGAUGCUUGCGGAUGGUACAAAGAAUCAAGCCUGGGAGAUAAUUUGGAGCUUUGCCUUGCCCAAGUAAAGUAACCCGUUUUAUUUGGAGGCUUGCACGGGUCCAUUGACCCAGAAGAAUGUUUGAAUGUGAGACAUUGAUGAUGAUCCCUUAUGCUCUGUAUGCCGAAGACCAAACGAAGA